ACCAAGUCCGAAUUUAUCUUCUUCACCAAGAAAGUACCUAUCAUAAAACUCAGACCCUGAUUCGUAGGUGGAGAAUAAUCAACAUAGAAACCAAGGAUUUGUAUUGAUUUCUCUCGCAUUCAUCUCAAUAUUUGAUCGAGUUGGCCGGGAUUGUUUCGUGCGGGUAUUUUUGCAUUUCUUAUAUUAUGGCAUCCGUAGCAGUAGCAGGGGCUGCAGUUGGAGCUAGUGCUCUAGGUGCUAGAUACUUGCUAAGGGCAUGGCAAGCAUUCAAAUCCAACCCACGGGCCCGUAAUUUUUACCACGGGGGAUUUCAACAGGCCAUGAACAGGCGAGAGGCCGCAUUGAUUCUUGGAGUGAGGGAGCACGUCGCCUUGGAAAAGAUCAAAGAGGCUCAUAGAAGAGUGAUGGUAGCAAACCACCCUGAUGCUGGGGGCAGCCAUUACCUUGCUUCAAAGAUCAAUGAAGCUAAAGAUAUCUUGUUGAAGAAAUCGAAGGCGUCGGAUUCUGCAUUCUGAUGGAAUCUGCCAUGACAUGGAGAAAUGCUCUCUGUGACGCCAUUUUUUGUGCUGAUUGAUAAUUGGCAAUUGAUUUUGUUUUGGUAGUUUGACAGCUAUCAGUUUGUGAUGUGGAGAUGUUGCUGAAGAGUAGAAGAUGUAUGGGAAAUUUUUUGUUGGUUUGUAUUGAUAGAAUGUGUAGGAGUUAUUUAUGCAGCUAAGAACGUUGUAUUUUCUCUUUACUGUUUGGUUUAUAUUUCUGUGAUUACUCAUUCAAGGUGAUCAAUGAAAAAUAUUUAUGUACAA